GCUUGUUUCCUCAGAAUGCUUGGCUAUUCGAACCUGUCCGGUCCACUAUCGCCGGAGCUCGCCAAGCUAGACCAGCUACGGGACAUGAUGGUUCGGGCGAGCAAUAUUCAGGGAACCAUCCCGGAAGAGUUCGGCAACCUGGGUAACCUCAUCAGCCUGGACCUGUCCAACAACAGCAUCUCGGGGCCGAUACCCGCGUCGCUCGGGAAGCUGUCCGCGCUGAGAUUCCUGGACCUCUCGAACAACGACCUCUGCGGCACCAUCCCGACAUCUGGAGCGUUUCAGAACCUUCCUCCCAGCAGCUUCGCCAACAACCCGCGCCUGCGCGGCCCCGGCCAGCAGCAGGACGACGACGGCUGCUAGACUAGAUCGACAUGGCGGCGGCCAGCGUACGUGAGCCGUCAAUCGGCGCCCAAGGUUACUACCAGAGCUAGCUGGGAGGGUCGAUGUAGCUAGCUAGCUAGCUGGAUUCAGUGUGCGAGGUUUAAUUAGCUAUGUCUCUGUGUAUGUGCUACAGCAGGGUGGGUGUCUAUCUCUUGUACGUACGAUCAAGAGGUAAAUAUCAGCCUCCAUAAUGAAAAUAUGAAAUC